AUGAUCGCCAUCCUCAAGUACCCGAGUCUCACGGUCCGAUGGUUCCCACCGUGACUCCUUGGAGGCUACCUACUAGACACUGCCAGAUCGUGCAUUAUCGUCAUCAGUUCUCACAUUCGCUCCUCAGUCAUCCAUGGAGUAGGUAUGGAUGAGCCAACUUCGGAUCAAUCGACCGCCAGGGAAAUCAAGGCUUCGGGAUUCGGCAGGAAUUUUAGCCUCGAGGACGUCUUCAAACUCACAUAUUACCGUUUUACACCGGAAGUUGUCAAGCUUGAGAUUUUGAAGGAUGGCACCGUUAGAACAUUUGCAUCUAGCUUCUCAGAGCUGUACUGGCCCCGUGAUACUUGCACAUCAGAGACAGCCGCCUUGGUCUUCGCCAUCGAAGGAGACGAAGGCCUGAAACAGAGGCUGGAACUCUGGAUCAAAAAGGACGACCCUUGGACCCGACGCGAUUUCGUUCAAGGCCAUUUUGAAGGGGAUGAGCACGUGCGGAGAGAACUGGAAUGGAAGGCUGAUAAUGUCUUCUUUGCCAAUUGGUGGCAAGCCGUAGCUCAGAAGACAGCCGAGCACGAGAUCCAGCAGCUGGUAUCGAGUGGUAGGCCAUUCAACGUCUCCACGUUUGACGACCCUUUUAAGCUUCGCGUGGACCACACAAGAUAUUCUCCUUGGCCCCUUUCGCCACAUCGACCCUACCAUCUGCUGUCGAUCUCCUCGGAUGAAAAGGGCAAGAAAACGAGAUUUUGCGCAGCUCAGCAGUGUCUGUCAUACUACAGGUAUUCCGAGUCAGGGAAACAGGCGGAUAUAUCCAUGGGAGUCAUUCUCGUGGACCCCGUUCGCCGCUUUCAUGUCCUGGAUUUUAAGUGGAGUGCCUGGCGAUUAGACGGGAAUCUUGAAGAAAGGGUCAUCCCGUGCUUCAUCCAGGACGUGCCUAAGGUAGAGUCAGACACCGGGGGUGAUCAUGGCAAUCAUCAUGGCAUCAUGGUCAGUGGAAAUACAGCAACGCCAUAUUUCGAAGCAAGACCUUUGGACAGACUUAUCCGGGCGCUAAAGCAGGCCGCCAAUUGCGAUACCAUUUUGAAUCCGGAGAGAAUAGUAAAGACGGCAAUGAUCGAGAUUGCAUGCGAGGAUCUCUCACUCGUUGUCAAGAGCAUAAGUCGGGCCCUGGACGACAUCGAACUGUCUCUGCACAAAGAUGCGGUCCUUCAAGAAUCCAUGUCCCAGUGGCGAGAGCAACUCGGCAGAUGGCAGAACAUCUUUGUUCACCAGAGCUUGUCUUUACAGCGCAUGUCAAAAAUUCUCCCUCUUCUUGGAAGCUGCUCAGAAAGCGAGAGACUGGAGAAGACAUUGGCUAGGCUUGAGACGGAUGUGGAAUGGAUAUCUCGCCGGACUCAAACAACAUUCCAAUCCGCCAUGUCGAGCAUAGCAAUUGUUGAAAGCGCACGCGCCAUAAAGGAAGCCGAGUCUGUCGCCAAACUAACGCAGUUGGCCUUCUUCUUCAUACCCCUGAGCCUAGUUGCGGGGGCCUUCGGAAUGAAUAUCAAGGAGUUCGAGGAACAGUUGACUUGGUGGCACUGGGUUGCUGUCUCGGCCGGCACUAGCGCCGUAACAUACUGCGCUCUGUAUAGGUCGGAACUGGCAUCCAAUCUGUAUCAGCUGCCGUCGCUCUUCGAGAGUGUGAGAAAGGCUGGUAUCCACCGAUUCAUGAGCCGAUGGAUCAGAAUUAUACGGUAUGUCAUGCGCCCAUUCACUGAUGAGAUGUUUGGGAAGAUGUGGCUGGGUUUAGGCUGGGGGGUUUUUCUCGGUGUCAUAGCAGCUCUCUGCGUUGGAACAUGGAAGUUAGCUGUGAGUGAUUUGUCAGUUGGGGCGAAGGUCAGCAUUAGCAUAUUCGCAAUCUGGCUUCCGGGUGUACCACUGGCAUUGUAUCUCAUGAUUUUUGUAGACUGCCUUCCCUGUAUACUUUGCCUUUGCUGUAUGGGUAGGCGGAGGAAGCCAAAGGGCGAAAACCCAUGAUGACGAAGAUUACGAAGCAGUUGAAUGAGGCAGUUGUUAGUUUGCUUUCUUCUUUUUUGCUUCCUUUUUCCUUAUUCCCCCCUUUCCCUCUUGCAUUCUCUCUUCUCCCUUUUCUGUUUUCUAUCUUCCAAGACUUCAGGUACCUAGUCUCUCCUAGUGUCUCAUGAGACACAUGCUGCUGGAAUCGACACAGAGCCA